AUGGCCCUGCCCUGCGACACCAACACCCACAUUCCACCCUUUCUGAAACCGCUCGCUCCUUACGUCAAACCUCGUCAAGAAGCUCUCCGCAUCCGCCAGGCAUUGACGUCGUACCUCCGCUCGCUCAUCGUCUUCGACGAUGCAAAUUUCCCGAAUCACGCCCAGUCCCACCUUGCCCUCUGUGCACCUACCGAUACCAUCAUAAACGUUCAUCCUAUCCCUGCCGAUCUCACAGGGCUUCGCAAGGAAUACCUGAAGGCUCUUCAGGAAAAUGUAGCCGCACGAAAGGGGCUCCGGGCUGUGUCUGAAGAUGUUACCUCUUUAAGACGCCAGCGGACGCCCGCAACCCGUCCUGCUGAAUUCGACGACUUGCAGGACCCCGGCGCGAACUUACGAGAUUAUCUCCUACUUCUGCGCGAUCGACGGCGGCAUGCCAAGUUACAAGUCUUUCAGCAUUAUCUGGAACAGCUGGAAGGGAAGGAAGGCGUCGAGCUGGAAGGCAUUGGGGCUGAAGAGGAUCAGAGCCCACAGCUGUUGCCCGAGGGCUUGGAGGCGGAUGUGCCUGCUCGAAGUGGCCCCAAUACAGAUGUAGAGGCAUUGGUGCACAAGCUUGAAAGAGCAGUGCUGCGCUCCCGGACACAAUUGGACCGAGAGAAGCAGUUAUUCGAGAAAGUCAAAGCCCAGUAUGCUUCGAGGGGCAGUUUGGCAUCGGGCGAGAUCUCCGCUGCUACCAAAGCUCGUGCGUUACAACGCACACGGGACGAACUGGUUCAAUGGGUUGAAGAGCGGCUCGUCAUCGAGGGAGACCCAGACGAGAGUAUAGUGCAAGACCUUCCCCCAGAAGAACUUGAAGAGGCUCAGCGUCUACUGGAGCAUCAAAAGACGCAAAUCGCUGAGCAAUACACUGCCUAUCUUCAGGCUCGACGAGAUCUUCUGGAGGCCGCCUCCAGAGCCUGUCAACCCGUGACAGUGACCGCGAGACCCUCAACUCGAACGGUCAGAACUGAAGUUCCUACUGAUGAAGUACAACCACCCAAUGGAGUGGACGUGGUGUCGUACGCGACGGAUACCCUCGUACCACUUUCCAAGAGCCAGAAGGCCCUAGCUCUGCAGAAAUCCUAUCUGUCUGGACUGCUCGCAAAGGAGAAAUCUACAACUCUUCGAGUCCUACACCGUUUAAGCCAUGAAAGCCACCUCCUUCCCGAAUACCCGAUUCUUGCCCGACAGCCACGAUUCAAGCACGCCGUCGCUGCCCUCAAUUCUCGCAAUGCCCCACAGACCGAUCAAAAUCCACCCGAUGAAGUGGUGAGCCUUGCGGAAUCAUGGGCGUUUGCCUCGAAUGCGGCGGGAGGACACGAGCGAGACUACGUACAGCAAAAGAUCUUAUUAGGCAAUGAGGUGGCACAAGACGCACGAAAAACCCUAGAAGAUGUAUACAGCACCCUGAACCAAGACUUCAAUGAGUUCAUUGGCGCAGCGGAGCCCGAGCUAGCGCCAGAUAUUUGUGCCUCCGAAGCUCGCUCCACGGGAGGAAUUCAAAACGCCAGUGCGGCCCGGCUAGAAAAGCGCCCAAGAGGUCCUUGGUCUGGACUGAACGGGCGGGUUGGGGUGCUAAAUGAGCCAAGAUAA